AUGAGCCAAGACAGCACAGACAGAGGCCGAAGAAAAACACGGUGGUCCGGUAAAAGCGCUCGUUUCGUCGAGUUUGGGGGUCACCAGCUAGAUACUGUUAUUUCAGGCCAUCUAACCCAGGAACAAAUCACUGCAUACCAACAAUACUUUCGAGUGGAAGAAAUCUCUCAUUACCUACGAAAAGCCGGUAAAGGCGGAACGUCAUUGUUUGAUUGUUUACCUUCCAAAAGUGUGGAAAAUUACUACAGAGAACCUUCCCCUCCACCUCAAUACGAUCAAAGCGGAAAUAGAAUUAAUAGCAGAGAGUCUCGCGCUAUCGAAAAUCUUGAGAAAGAAAGACACGCGCUAGUGGAGAUUGCCGUAACAAGCAUAAAGAAUUAUGACCCCCCACUGGACUAUAAAAAGGCAGGCAAGACCACCGAAAAACUAUACAUCCCAGUACAAGAAUAUCCAGAUAUCAACUUUGUUGGUUUGCUUUUAGGACCUAGAGGUAAUACCCUACGCCAAUUACAAGAGGAGUCUGGUGCUAAAUUGGCAAUCCGUGGAAAAGGGUCUGUGAAAGAAGGUAAGGAGAUGGAUCUGGCAGGGUCUCAAGGUAAUGAAGAUAGUCUACAUGUUGUAAUUUCUGCAGACACCACUGCAAUGGUGAACAAGGCCAUAAAAUUGACUAAUGAGGUCAUUGAGAAGGCCAUCUCAUCUCCUGUAGGCCAGAAUGAUUUCAAAAGAGAUCAGCUUCGUCAACUUGCCGUUCUCAACGGUACCCUACGUGAAACGAAGCCAUUCACGCCUCCUGAAAGCUACAACCAGCAAAGAUCACUGGUUCGCGAUGUGACGCAAAUUGUUUGUCGUACUUGUGGAAAUAUCGGUCAUUAUACACGAGAUUGUAAGUUCCGGAACGAGCGCCAAGCAAGCCCCGAGUCUGGACCUAGAUCGUUUGAAGGAGAUUUCCAGGAUCAAAAGAGGCAAAGGACAAACAAUUACGAUUCGCAAAGGGGCCUGUCUCCCAAUCAGUUCAACCACGGCCCCAAUCAUGGUCCCGUAACUCACUUGCCUCCGAUUCCACCUCGUGCCAAUCAGUCGAGAAACCCAUCGAAUCAACAUGGCUACAUUCCCAGACCCGGAUAUGGAGGGGAACCAACUUAUCGGUCACCACCUCCCUCUGGUAGACCCAAUGGCUAUGAUCAUUAUAUUCCAAAGCUGACACAGCCUUCUAGAGAGGCGCCACCGCCUCCACCAAUUGCGAAACCUGUCAUUCCUAGACCACCACCUCCCUCUGUAAUCACCACCGGUGCGGUAAAUACAAACCCGGCACCAAGGAAACCACCACCACCGCCACCACCAACUUCAUCCGUAAAAGCGCCGCCACCACCGACUACAUCUGCUAAAGCACCACCACCACCACCUGAAUAG